AAGCAAACUUCGUUCUGCGUCUAUUCACAGCCAAUUUGGUGCUUCUACAUUAAGAUACAUCAUCAGAAAUAUCAAAAGGCAAUGUCUUCUUCAGAAGUAAACCUCGAAAAUUAUCUAAUUCCACUGGAGGAGGUCAAUCUUGCAACCAAAAAUUUCAGUCCGGAAAGAUAUAUUGGAGGUGGUGGAUUUGGCAAGGUCUACAAAGGAGAACUUUCUGAAAGAUGGCAAAACCGCACAGCCGCUUUCAAACGCCUAGCUCAGAAUAGCUACCAAGGAGAGCACGAGUUCCGUAAUGAGAUUAGUAUGAUAUCCAGAUUCCACCAUGAAAACAUCAUCUCUUUUAUUGGUUACUGUGAUGAAGUCAACGAGAUGAUUGUAGUUUAUGAGUAUGCUAUCAAUGGAAGCCUAGAUCAUCAUCUUCAAGACCCCAAUAAGAGGCGCGACAUAACAUGGACACAUCGCCUAAAGAUUUGCAUUGGGGCAGCAAGAGGACUUAAUUACCUUCACUCAGGACUUGGGGAGCACAACAGAGUAAUACAUAGAGACGUGAAGAGUGCUAAUAUAUUGUUAGAUGAUAAUUUUGUUGCAAAAAUUUGUGAUUUUGGUUUGUCAAAAUUAGGUCCCAAAAAUCUGCCAAAUACCCACCUCGACACAAAGGUUGCGGGUACCCAGUUUUACUUGGAUCCCACUUACCAUGAAAGCCACAUCCUUCGAAAAGAAUCGGAUAUAUACUCAUUCGGGGUCGUACUAUUUGAAAUGCUUAGUGGGAUGCUGGUUUAUAGUGAAAGGAGCAUUGAAGACAAUCGGCCAAAGUUUCUAAUGAAUUUGGUUAGACGAUAUGAUGACAACCAACUACACAAGUUAAUUGAUCCCCAUAUGAGAGAUCAGAUUAGUAGUCGUUCUUUGGAUAUGUUUAAAGGAAUUGCAUAUCAGUGCAUUAGUUUCAAUUUAAAGGAACGCCCUGGGAUGGAAGCCGUCAUUGCGAGAAUUGAAGAAGCAUUGGCCAUUCAAUCUUUGGAAUAUGCUGAGGAGGUUAAAGGUGAAGCUCAAGAAAGUUUUAAUGCUGUCAUUGAGAAAACAGACGAGGUCAGAGAGGAACCCACACAUGAGUUCCAUAUUUUGGAUAUGCAUGAGGAUUUGGAGUUGGACUCUACUACUAGCACCGAAAGCAAUACGAAAAUGGAAUCAACAACAAUUGAGGGGGAGGCUAUUGCGAUGGGAUUACAGACCAUAAAGAAGGAUGAUUUGGAGGAGAUAAGCCAAUUAGAAUCCGGUAGUACAUAUAGAGUUGUUUAUCAUGGAAUGUGGAAGGGUACGGAUGUUGCAAUUAAGAGAAUUAAAGGCAGUUGCUUUGCUAGGAAGUCAUCAGAAACGGAACGUAUGAUUAACAAUUUCUGGAAGGAGGCAUUGGUUUUAAGUUCUUUGCACCACCCAAAUGUUGUUACCUUCUAUGGUAUAGUUCGUGAUGAGCCAGAUGACUCUUUGACAACUGUAACAGAGUACAUGGUUGAUGGAUCUUUGAAGCAAUUUUUAAAGAAAAAAGACAGAACAAUAGAUCAACGUGAAAGACUUAUCAUAGCCAUGGAUACGGCUUCUGGAAUGGAUUAUUUGCAUGGAAAAAAUGUCGUGCAUUUCGACCUAAGGUGUGAGAAUCUUCUUGUAAAUAUGAGAGAUCCACAUAGACCAAUUUGCAAGAUUGGAGAUCUUCGCUUAUCCAAGAUAAAACGACACAAUUUAGUGAAUGGUGAUAAUUGUGGAACCGUGCAAUGGAUGGCACCUGAGCUUCUUAAUGAUAAAAGUCACUUGGUAACAGCAAAGGUUGAUGUUUAUUCGUUCGGGGUUGUCAUGUGGGAAUUGCUUACCGGAGACGAACCUUACAAUAAUAUGCAUCAUAAGUCCAUUAUUGGAGGAAUCAUCAAGAACACAUUACGACCAGUAAUACCAACAUGGUGUGAUGCUGAAUGGAAGUCAUUAAUGGAGAGUUGUUGGUCUUCUGAUCCGCAAGAGAGACUCCCAUUUUCAGAAAUUUCUCAGAAGCUAAGAACCAUGGUUGUAGCAAUGAAUGUCAAAUGAUAUCAUGUUCCAUAAAUGAACCCUUCUUCACUUCUUUAUGCAUGCCAAUGGGUCAUGUUAUUUUUUGAACGAGGAAUAUGUAUUAAUUAAACGGAAAACUAGCAAUUGUCUUGACUAAGCCCCAAAGAGCAUUGCAGUGAAAAAAAAAAAACAUAAAAUAUUAGAAAGGUGAAAUGCACAAAGUACACCAAUCUAAACUAAGAAGCUUCACCCUAUUUAUGAUCCAAU